AGCUUUGUACAAUGCUGAAUGGUGCGACAAAAUUGCGAGCAAAGCUCUUCAAAGCUUGGACUCGCGGAAAAAAAAUUUUAUUGAGGAGCUACCGCUAACGGAAGACCUAAAAGCCUUCACCGAAUAUCUAGAUAAAAAUCUCCCCAUUCGGAUGGAACUUUUAAAAAAAAAUCCAACAGUCGAUUCCUAUAAAGGCCUAAUCCACAUCACCUCAGCGAAAAUAAUAACUUUCAAUAAGCAGCGGAGCGGCAUAGCCGGAAGGCUAUUGAUUGAAGACUAUGAGAAACGACCAAAAAAUUUCAAGCCUACCGAGGAGUUUAAUCAAACCCUCAGUGCUCUUGAAAAGCAGCUUGCUAAAGUUUUUGAAGUGGUUACAAUUUUCAACAAACGAAAGGGUUUUGUUUGGUUAUUAUUGACGCCCCCCGUCGUUAAAGCUAUCGACUUAUUACUUCAAUUUCGGAAGCAUCACAACAUCAAGGCCUCAAUUCAGGAAGAGAACAAAUUUGUCUUCCCUGUUGUCUCAAAUAGGAUUAAAUCCCUAAAGAGCAUCAGGGGAGACAAGUGUGUCACAGAAUGUGUGGCUUUGUGUGGCCUAAAACGCCCUGAGUUGCUCUCGAGCAGGAAAAUGCGGAAAUACACUGCCACUGUCAUUCAGUAUAUGGCUUUACCGGAAAAUCAAAUGUCUUGGGUAACGAAACACCUAGGACACAGCCUAGGAGUUCACCUGCAACACUACAGGCAGCAUGAAACUGCUUUGGAAAUCACAAAAAUCUCUAAAAUGAUGUUUGCUGUAGACCAUGGGUGCCUCCUUAAAUUUCAGAACAAAACUCUAGACGACAUCACCCUUGAAGAUAUUCCUCUGGACAAUUUUCUGGAAGAGGAUAAUGGAACAGAUGAUGAAACUGAUGAGCUGAAUAACCUAUGUGAACAGAACACGGAAGAAGUUCAAACGUCGGAUUCAGCACGCCGGGGAAAGAGGCGGCCCCUUUUAAAGGCAACAGAAAACAUACCAGACAUUCCUCUGGAUAAGGUUUUGGAAGAGGAAACUGGAAAGGACGAUAAAACUGAUGAGCUGAAUAAUGUAUGUGAACAGAACACGGAACGGAAGAAGUUCAAACCUCGAAUUCAGCACGCCGGGGAAAGAGGCGGCCCCCUUUAAAGGCAACAUAAAACAUACCAGAUAUGAUGGUUGAUGACUGCAACAAAGACGACAAGGACGAUAGUGAUUAUGAUCCGUCAAGUGAUUCGGAUGAUCAAGUUGUAGUAAAGUUGAAGAAACAGAAAAUGAGUAGAAAAGAGAGUGCGCUCAACCGGAGGCCGUGGUCUUUUGCUGAAGACUCUGCUGUACGAGCAUUCUUUCAGCUUGAAAUCAGGAAUGGAAAAAAUAUUGGCAAGGCCGAAGCACUGAAGUGCAAAUCGGCAAAUCCUAGCCUGGCCAAUAGAGAAUGGAAGGAUAUUAAGUUCAAGGUCAAGAACCUUAUUACCUCCACCAACAGAGCCCUGAAUAGGGGCUAAAGCUGGUCCACCGCCAUCAAAAAUGAUUCGGAUGCGCCACUAAAAGAUGGUUCCAGUACUCCAUUUCGCUGGCAUUUCCGCCGUAUGGCCGGAAACGGAACAGCAAAAUAACCUUGAUGACUUGAAUCCGUGGUGGUGUUUCCGGUGAAUUUUUGUCGCCAUUGGUGCAUUACGGUAUGAGCAAGCGAAAGGCGCAGACAGAUUUGCGGACGGAGGUGCUUCGAAAAGCUUUCAUCAAGAAAAGAAAAAUAAUGGAAAGUGUAGAUCUAUGUAAGUUCUUCACCCAAUGGCUUAAUUUUGUUAAUUUUUUGUACCUGGUCAUGGUGAGUUCCUUCACAAUUUUCUAAUACCUGAUAUCAGUAUGUCGAUGGCUGAAGUUGGAAAAUGGGUAUCUUCACCUACUUAGACGGUUACAAAUCGCCCAUUUAGUGUCGUCUCUGUUUAAAGUAACUCUUAUCGACAGAUCUCCUUGAAAUGUUCUGUGAGUAUUAUUGGAUUACAUUUAGCAAAAAGGAACCAGCGCAAUUACAGCGUUUUUAAAAUUGUGCAA